AGCUACACCAAAUGUUGGCAAGGCCUCCCGCUGCAGGGCAAUGGCGAAAUUGCCUGCCUGUCGGAACUAGGAGCAUAGAAAGGCAAACGUCGCGAAAGUGGCGCUGCAUCACCAAUUAUUCAUCUCAGGCUGCCUGCGCUGCAUUGCUGCUUAGCGCAAAUCGUGGCAUCCGCCGAUGGAGACGCGGCGCUGGGUUUGGUGGUGGUUUCAUUCGCCCUGUGACCUUGAAGGCCAGCAGUGAAACAGCUGAAGCGGGGAAUUUCGUGGAGGAUAUCGUGGUGCGCGACAUCGAGAGCGGGACGUACGCAGGUCGCGUCCGCACCCGUUUCCCUCCUGAACCCAAUGGUUUCCUUCAUAUCGGCCACGUGAAGUCAAUUUGCCUCAACUUUGGCAUUGCUCAGAAGUUUGGUGGACGUUGUAACUUGCGAUUCGAUGACACCAACCCUGAGAGCGAGAAACAGGUGUUUAUUGACAGCAUCCAGGAGGAUGUGAGGUGGCUUGGAUUUCAAUGGGAUGGUCCUGAACACUAUGCAUCGGACUAUUUCGCACAGCUUUACGAGUGGGCAGAGGCAUUCAUCGAGCAAGGAUGGGCCUACGUUGACGAGCUUAGCGCGGAGGAGAUCUCCGAGUUUCGAGGGUCACUCACGAGGCCUGGGAAAGAUAGUCCAUUCCGGGAUCGGCCCAAAGAGGAGAGCCUGGAGAUCUUCCGACGAAUGAGGGCGGGUGACAUGGCACAGGGCUCCGCGGUGCUGCGGGCCAAGAUCGACAUGGGCCACCCGAAUGUGAUCAUGCGGGAUCCCAUCAUGUACAGGAUCCUCCCCAACACGCCUCACCCGCGAACGGGGAAGGAGUGGCCGAUCUACCCCUCCUACGACUGGGCGCACGGCCUUUCAGAUGCUAUCGAGGGGGUGACGCACUCUGUGUGCACUUUGGAGUUCAACAUGCACAAUGAACUCUACGAUUGGUUCAACGAACAAGUUUUACGCUUGCCUGGCUCCCUGCCUUUGUGCCAGUCGCCGGACUCCGCCCUCCCAAGGCAACACGAGUUUGCACGGCUGGAGAUGACCAACAUCGUAGUGUCGAAGCGGAAAUUAAAGCGCUUGGUGGAGGGUGGACUCGUGGAUGGCUGGGAUGAUCCUCGCAUGCCCACCAUUUGUGGCAUGCGGCGCCGUGGAUAUCCGCCCGCAGCUUUGCGGAAGCUGUGCGCGCUCAUCGGUGUCACCAAGGUUCCCACAAGCGUCAUUGAGUUCAGCCUCCUUGAGAAUGUUGUGCGAGACGUGCUGCAGGAACAGGUAGCCGCAAAAGCGCUUUGCGUUUUGCAUCCCCUACGUGUCACGAUCACAAACUGGGAUGGUGAGGAUCAGCUUCUAGAAGUUCCCGGAGACGAGCUGCGGAAGAUGCACUUUGGCCGGGAGAUUCUUCUGGACGCGGAGGACUUCCAGCAAGAACCUGAGCCUGGGUUCAAGCGUUUGGCACCGGGCAGACAGGUGAAGCUUCGCUACGGCUAUGUCAUCAAGUGUGAUGAGGUGGUCCGCGGAGAAGACGGGGAGAUCACGGAGCUGCUAUGUUCCUAUGAUCCUGAGUCCUUGGGGAAGAGGCCGCCAAAGAAGGUGGCGGUGGUCCACUGGGCGCAUGCCGAACUGUCCACACCGGUGACGGUUCGAAUGUAUGACAAACUUUUCGCCGAGCCGCGGCCGGAGGAGGCGGGGGACUUCCUGGAGGCGUUGAAUCCGGACUCUUGCGAAGUUCUGAGUGCCCGAUGCGAACCCAGCAUCACCUCCAUGUGGCAAAAAUAUCAGGAGGAAUCAGAUGAUCCCAUUUUUCGAGUUCAAUUCGAGCGGUGUGGAUUCUUUGCGCUGGACAAGGUCACUGAGGAGAACUCUGAGCUGGUUUUCAACUGCACCGUCGCACAAAGGAGCGACUUUGGCAAAGCCAAGCAGCCGAGAGGUCAAGUGCGACAAAAGCAGAAACAGGCCAGUUAGCUGUGAGGGCUUGCCAAGAAUUCAGCGGGCUUGGCCGGAGCUUGGACGUCAAAGCCGAGCAGCCACAUCUUCCACGGAUACCGGUCUGAAUCAUUUUCGUAUAUAAUGGUUUCCUCGAUUUUCGUUUCGGACGCGAC